AUGCUGCGGCCUGAUCCCCAAUCCUCCCAUUCUCGAACGAAAACCACACCUCCGGACUCUAGUGAAUUGGAGGACACCACACUAGAAUGUGGAUCAAGAGAUGGGGAGCAGCGCCGUGGUUCAAGAAGGCUCAGGAACAACAGGACAUCCAGUACGUUUUUCCUAGAAUCCUCUUUGAUCCCAGCGAGGAGGCCGGAACCUGGCUAUGAUGGGGGCAUCAUCCUCUCCCGGGCCAGUUCAGCGAGCCAGAGGAAGGGGAAAUGGACUAGUAAUGAAUCCGCCAGCGUUGUUCCUAAACGACAUGCGACUGUUAAUUAUAAAUACAAAAAGUCACCCGUCGGUGUCCCGCCGCCGGUAACUCCCAUGACGAAUGUUUCUCACCGCGAAGAAGCGUCGCGAGAUGGUGCACCUAGGAUGCCCUCCGAUACCUCGUCAAGUACGGCAUCCACGCAUCCUCCGCAAUCUAUCGGGCUCGAUACGGAUCCAGCUCAGAUAGUAAACUUAGCAUUGAAUCUUAGUGAUUCGAGGAGGAGAUGUUCAACUGCAAAUUCAUCUGUAUCGGCUAGAACGGCAGGAUCUCGUGGCCGGGAAUACAACCCUCUCCAAUACAUUCGUAAUCGCAAAGUGAGGUUCCGCGAGAAAUGCCCCAUUGAUUCUGAGGCCGAUGGAUGGGACAAUCCCGAGCGGGUACGAAGUUGGGUGGAUCUGAUUACAGGUUCGGAUGAGAACCCGAAUCACAGAUCUGAGGAUUGCGUUCUGCUUCCCAAGUUUGACUCAGAUGAUAGACCAGGUAACCGGGCGCAAUCCGUCACAAGCACGACCAAUGCUACCAGAGUUCAUAGUGGUGGGGAUAGCAGCAAACCCCGUCGGCCGCGGAUAGACUGGAUAACUUCUCCCGCAGACUUUAUAGCGGAUGCUGCAUGGCUUGAAGAGGGGUCUAAUAAACUUAAAAUUGAAAACAGAGAUGGCAAGCGACUAUUCAGCCCGGACACGCGUUUACGGCGUAUUCCAUUACGAGGUUUAGAAUCAUCAACCGAACAACCUGCUCCGACGACGGAGAAAUCGGAGGGCGACCAUAUUCAAGUAACGAAAAAGCCUUCAACUCAUGAAAGCCUCCCUAGCUUCAAAUCUGUUUUCUCUCACGCUCAUACAGGCGCGGAUCGUGGGCGUGCUCGACACAAGAUUAAGAGUCCAGUUCAGCUUUCCCCUCGAAGGUCCCCCUCGAUAGAGGCGAGCAAGUCAAGAUGGCGAAAAGCUCUCUCACGCACUUCUGAUUCGUCUAGCGAAUCCGGCGAUGACGAACAGGAAAAACAUCGGGGGAGAAAACGCUUUCCACGGCUUUCGAGAAGGCCAAUUGAGAAUGAGAACUUGAUCGGCUCCCCAGUCCAGAAAAUCCCCGGAUCGUCGGAUAAGGCCUCUCGAAAACUUACAUCCUCUUCUACUAUACCUCAUAACGUUUCUGACGCACAAAUUGGUGACGAUGCUCUAUCUUCAAGAAAUAACGCACAACCCCAUAUCCUACCAUUUUUGGACACCCCUCUGGGACAAGAACGGCAUAUUCCGCCACCUGGCAACAACGUGGGAUCAUCGUCAUCAUCUAUGAUCGAGAGAAGAAAAGAUGACAUUCCACGAUCAUCGAUUGGGACUGUUGAUGGUAGCCUUGGUUUAGCGUCCAACAGGCAAGAAAAUCCCAACAUCGCACUAAACCUGUCACCUCCUGAAAGUCGCCCUUCUUCACCGACAAAGCCAUUUUCGUCACGUCUAGUUGAUUUAGGAAAUCGGUUGUCCUACACUAAAACAAACGGUGGAUCAUCUGGGGUAGUUCCUGUCGAUCAUGACGCUCCUGAAUUACCUCCGCAUAAACACGUGUCUGCUCCUGAUGUGCCUCUGUUUAACUCUGUCACACAGCUGGCCUUAGAUCAUCACGAGGACAGAGCUAGAGCAAGUGAUAUUCAUCAUCCUAGCAGCCCACCACAAAUAAACAAGAACCAAAUGCAGCAGGAGUCGAGACUUCGGGGGAUUUUCAAACCUGCACGAUUGGCUGAGCUUGUGGGGAGUGAGGUUUCCAAAGUUGGCGAUUACAUCUGGAAAAAGGAUAUCUCAGGCCACUCAAGGCAGUCAUCAACGGCAUCGAGCGAGGUAUUUUCGGAUUAUGUCGACGCGGAUGACAACUUCCCUGAGGCAAAGCGCAAACAAAAGCUCCACUUGUCUCGUUUUCCGAUCCUAUCCGAAAGUCCCGGUUUAUCACGGAUGAAUUCCAAAAAGGAUUUACCCAAAUACCAUGCGCCGAACCUUCCUGCCUUUGCCUCUCCUCCCAAGCACGAUGACCAAGGCGAAUCACAGCCAUUAUGCGAAGUCGACAUCUCAGCGCAAUCUGAUAUUAAGUCACAACCGCUCGAGGACGAAUCAGCCAAUGUCUCUCACAACGACAACCUGCUCAACCCAUUUACUCCCUGCUGUGAUAUGGGAAAUAGUUCCUUUAGAGAGGGCCGCAAUAGCUUCGUUGGCUCUGUGGGAUCAAAUAAAAAUAACAAUAACCACCUUUCCCUCCAAGUCAGUCGAGAUCAGCUUCCAGUCACAGGCCUUACCAAUUUAACCGUCACACCCACUGGCCAACUCCGUCCUACAAUGUCUGUGGCCACAAGAAACUGGAGCAUCUCCCGUAGUAUUGAUGGCCCGUAUCUUAUCGAUAGACGUGAAAUUGCACGAGCACUGGAAAUAUGCCGCCAAGCCGACAUGAUACGGGAUUCCCCUCCUGUCCUUGUAUUUAGCACCGAGCACGGGUUGGGUGGCAAUGUACCUCGCGUCCCGCGGUCUGAGGAAGUGACAACUGCAGCCCGGAGCCUGAUGUUCAAGUUCGACCGCGAAGUUUGCCAAGUUCAGCAUGCUAUGUCGAAAUUCUCAUCAUCAACCUCACCGUCUUUGAAGUCGCGAUUGGAUGAUUUAGACUCACUAGUCACAUCGACGCUUAACCCGCGCAUCCGCGAUCUCACAUCCGAAGAUGACAAACUAACUAGCGAGCUCGCGACAACGAAUACAUUGGCAUUGAAGCAGCUCAACGACUCGCUCGAUAAGGGCUUGAGGAAACGAAAACGCAGGUUUCGAUGGAUAAGCCGUGUCGGGUUUGUCAUGUUAGAAUGGGUGCUUGUUGGUGCUAUGUGGUGGUUGUGGCUGGUUGUGAUGAUCUUCAAAAUGUUAGAGGCCUGUGGAGGGGUUCCUUUUCGGGCAUUAGAUGGAUUUUAUGGCUAUAAGUUUUAA